UAUUCUUUUACAGUAGCUUGUUUUAUUCAGCCAAAUGUCCAAAACCUGAACGUGUUCAGUUUACUAUCAGGCAUCAUGUUUGAGAACCAGGCGACUGGCUGGGUGAUUUUGCUUGGAAAAACCAUUAAAAUAAUUAAUGCAGACCCAUUUCCUGUCAGUCGCGCCUAAUUGAUUCAAAGAACUAAAACUUUUUCCACAUCAGUUGCACAUUUGCUGAGGUUGAAUGUUCAUUAAUGAUCUUUGUGAAACAGCAGUUUAACAAUCUUAUCAAAGUCUGAGCAGUUACAAACCUUUGAGCCACAUGUUAUGGCUCAGUUGAGCAGAAUUCAUGUUAAGCAUUUGAAUUUUAGAUAAAUGGAGACUCAAGUACUUUGUGCCAAGCUGUUUGCUAGUUAAUGACAAUGAAGAGAUUGAAGACCGAAUUGAUGAGCAAGCUAAAUGUACAACACUGAGCUGUUUGUAGAUUGUAUGUUAUUAACAGUUUGGAUGUUCUGUAUAAGUUAAAGUUUCUGUGCUCUCCAGGUGAAAGUGCUUUCUUUCAUUCAGUUCACUGGUGCAGACUAAUAGGACCAGGACUGGCCUGAGCUGUCUCACCACAGCCAUGAUGUCCAAGUCCGCUCUCCUCAAAGUGAUCCUGCUGGGUGACGGCGGUGUUGGCAAGUCUUCGCUCAUGAACUGCUACGUCACCAACAAGUUUGACUCGCACCUCUUCCACACUAUAGGCGUGGAGUUCCUCAACAAAGAGUUGGAACUGGAUGGGCGACGCGUCACCCUGCAGAUCUGGGACACGGCGGGUCAGGAGCGCUUCCGUAGUCUGCGCACACCUUUCUACCGUGGCUCCGACUGCUGCCUGCUGACCUUCAGUGUGGAUGAUGGACAGAGCUUCCACAACCUGGCUAGUUGGAAGAAGGAGUUCUCUUAUUAUGCUGAUGUCAGGGACCCUGACAGCUUCCCCUUUGUGGUUCUGGGCAACAAACAGGACGUGCCUGAGCGACAGGUGUCAGCGGAGGAUGCUCGACAGUGGUGCUGCGAGAACGGAGGACACCCGUACUUUGAGACAAGCGCCAAGGAUGCUACAAAUGUAGCGUCAGCGUUUGAGGAGGCAGUGCGUCGUAUUCUGGCGCUGGACAACAAUGCUGAUCACCUCAUCCACACCAACACAGUGGACUUGCAGAGAAAGAGUCAGCGUGACUCCACCUGCUGCUAAGCUGAGGGACCCGUAGAAAAGACCAGACUCAUGAUGUUUCUGCAGCUGCCGCGCGGCGUGCAGCUUUGACUCUACACAUAGAGGAACUGGUGUUUGCUGAGCAGCUGCUGUACAGCACCUGAUACCCUUGGCCAGACUGUUGAUGAGCAGUUCAGCAAAUCUUGAUCUUUUAGACCAAAAACUGACAAUGGUUUGAGCCAAUAUUGAGCAUUUUUACACCGUCAGCCACCUUUUUUCAAUUCUUGACCAGCUUACAUUGGGCCCCUGUUGGGGGCAUAAUUAUUAAUUUACAAAAGCCAUUAAAUAAAUAUUGUUUUUGCAGAUUUCAUAGAAUUAUUUGUGGACAGUGGCACUUCAUGAGUUUGAGAGGUAAAAGCCUCAGCUUUAUGCUGGGUGUAUCUUUAAGGAGUAUUUCCACCACAGUAAGAGUUUGAGACAUGCUAAGGAUGAAUACUGUUUGACUGAUGGACAUGUGGCACAAAGUCUCAGGCCAUAUAAAGACAAGUUCUGAGUUCUGAGGCUGCAGUUUGAAGUAUAGGAAUAAAGCUAAUCAGUCAGACUAUACAUGUUUACAGAUUAAUACUGUGAUAUAUUUUUUGUGUUGAUUGUCCUUAAACAGCUCAGUAAGUCCACACCCUCAGAAUUUAAAAUACGGGUUAGUACAGACACUGUCUUUCUGGUAAAUACAUUGAUGAGGCUGUUAUUCAUAUGAUCAGCUAGACUUUAAUCAUUAUUUGAGAUGAGUGUUGCUUUCUGUUCUGUUAAUGUGACUGUCAAACCAAAGAAAAAUGUUGAAAUGUGGGAUUUCUCUAAAUAAAAAAAAAGAUUUGUAGUUAACUUGACAUAAAUGGAUCCCAUAUUUAUUUAUCACAAGCUCUCCACACUGCAAUGUUGUGAGAUUCAUAGUACUAUAAUCACACUCUAGUUUGUGCAACACUUUAAGGCUCCCACCAUUUUUUUAGACAGGGAAUAAAAUACGUGCCAACAAUAAAGCUGGAGAAUAAAAUCUUUUCUCCUUUUUUUUUAGAACGUUACUGUCAGUCCACAAGGUGGCGUCAUAAGUCUUAAAGAUGCACGCCUUGGGAAGCGACUGGGAAGCUGAUUUCUAUGUCUCAGGUGUCAUUAUGCAUUUCAGAGACAAGGCCAUGUUGAAUUACAGCAUUAACCCUCCUGUUAUGUUCAUUUCUCAGGAACAGCAGUGAUGUUCCUGGGUUAACUUUAUUACUAACUAUUUCAAUCAGUGGUGAAAUGGUGUUCUUUACCCUUCACAGAUUAUGGUUCAAUGA